AUGCAAAAUCAUAAUUGUAUUUUGGAAGAAGUUAUAGUCCUCGGUCAACCACAGGAACUGAUAAAAAUGCAAGCCAAUAUGAUUAUUCUAACUUGUUUACUUUUGUUACCAACGAUUUUUGGAGACAUUGAAAAAAAUGAAACAACAUUUGUUCCAACUCGAGAAUGGCAAACUGUGAAAAAAGGUACACCAAUACCUGGAGGAUUACAUGUACGACAUAAUUUUCAAACUGGAGUCACAGAAGCUAAAUUAAUGGAUUCUGAAGAUGUUGAAGAAAAAGAUUUAAAUGAAAAUUUGAAUAAUUCUAAUGUAAAUUCUCUAACAUUACAUCCUGAAAAAGCAAUUUUUGAAGAAAAAGAUCCUACGGAAAAAUCUAAUUUAUUUCAUCAUCCAAUUGAAGAAUUGAAAGCUAGAUUAAAAAAAAUUAAACAAGAUAGUGAAGAAAAUAUUCCAGAACUAGAUGACGAACAUACACAACAGAUAAAAAAAAAAUUUAAAGAUUAUGAAACUUUGAAAAAAGAAUUUAAAGCACUUGAAAUAAAUAUUACAACUGAUUCAGAAUUAUUAAACAACUAUUUUCAAAAGUUUCAUGUUCAUAAAAAUGCAAUUACCAUGGGAACUUUAACAACUGCAGAAACAGAAGAAGUUUUGGAUAUUUUAUAUAAUUUAGAAUAUCUACUUCAUCAAAUUGAUAAUGCCAAAGUUUUUGCCGAUAUGCAAGGCAUGAGUAAAAUUAUAUCUCCAUGUCUCAAUGGAACAAAUAAUGAAAUAAAGGCUGAAGCUUUAAGACUUUUGGGUGCAGCUGUUCAAUCUAAUCCUAAAGUACAGUUAAAAGCUCUGGAAAAUGAUUUUGUUCAAAAACUUUUACAUAUAUUAUCUACAAAUAAUAAAAUGGAAAUAAAAUCAAGAUGUCUCUUCGCUUUGAGUGCUUUAAUAAGACAGUUUCCAGCAGCACAAAAAGUGUGGAUUGAUCACGGAGGAGUAGAAAUAUUUGGAAAAAUUUUAAUUGAUGAUCAGUUGCAAGUACAAAUAAAAGUUAUGAGAUUAAUUAAUGAUUUAAUUAUAGAGAGACAGAAUUUAAAUGAAAUUACAGAUGCUAAUCAACAAUUAAAAAUAAAAGCAUAUGCAACUGCAGAUAUUGAAAAAAAAUUAUUAACAUACGAAUAUUGUAAUCAUUUGAGCAAUUUAAUGAUAGAAAGUUUUAAAGGUGAACAUAGUGAUCAAUUGAGAACCGAUAAUUAUGAAUUUCUUGAAACUAUUUCUGAUAGCAUGAUUACAAUUGCUCCUAUUUGUAUUGAUCGGUUUAGAGAAAAUAAAGAUGAAUUACUUCCUAUUAUUCGGCAUUUAUUGAAUUUCUAUCAGAACUUGAAUUUAUUAAUGGACAAGCUUCAAACAACUGGAAAUUCACGCGACGAAUUAUGAACAAAAAAAAAAAAAAUGAAAUUAAAUGUGUGUAAAGACAGUAUGAUUAUUUAUUUUGCGUCGUGAAGUUAUAAUUGUACAAAGUUUUAUGUGUAAUGAAAUUCUUUUGGCAUAGAUACUUCUAGAAUAUCAAUGAAUAUUCUACAAAAAUCGUUACUAAAUAUAAAUUUGGUAACAUAGUUUCAAGUUGAAUACAAAUAUAAUGUAUUAUAAGAUGAAUGUAUAUUAUAAUAUUAUAUUAUAUAUUAUAAUAUUAUAUUAUAAUAUUAUAAGAUGUAUGUGUAUAUAGUCAAAUUUGGAAUUUUUCCUGUACAUAUAGUGCUAAGAUAUUUGAGUUCUUUAUUUAAUAAAUUGAGAAUGUUAUAUUUAUUGUUUGUUUGGAAAAGAUUAUUUAAUAAAUUAUUUUGUAUCGUGUAUCUUUAUAUUGUAUAGAAAUAAAAAUAAUUCCAAGAUC